CGCGAAAAUGUUGUCAAGAAGUGAUCGGGGCGUGAAAUAAAACGCAGUUAACAAUAUAAGUACAAGAAAAUAUAUAGUGUUAAGCGCAGCUGAUAGAAAAUUGCACAACAAGUGCAAUUAGUUUGCUGCCUGAGAAGCGUCACGUAGACGGUAUUCGGUAUUUGCAAAUCGAUAUUCACAAGCACACACACGCGCACACACAUACAAACAGCAGUGCAAACAGAAUGGAAAAAAAUAACACAUUAACGCCGACGCUGCCUGCCAUGUGCCAGGAUAAAAGCACCGAAAGCACAGCCUUAGAAACGGUCUCACUACCUCCAACAAAUUCGAAUGAUGCAGCGACAAUGAUAAGCAACGACAGCGGCAGCAGCAGCGGCGCAGAAGUUGCUGCGGCGUCAUCGACAAUAGCAAAAAACAGCAGCAUUAAUAUCAACAACAACAACGACAAGGCGCAAUUAGAGAAUGGGCAAGAGACCAUACAUUUGCCCUCAGAAAGCAACAACAAUACCAACGAAGGUAGCAUUAAAACAAUAACACAAAAAGAGCAACCAUCAGGCGAUGUUGAUGCCAAUGCAAAUGCGAAAACAACGGUGACACCAACAAUUACACCAACAAAAACAGCUACAACAAAUUGUAUCAAUAAGACGGAAGCAGCGGAAACAGAGACGGAGCGUAAUCACAAGAAGAAGAAAAAAGAUAAGGAACGCGAAAGAGAUGAAGACAAGCCGCGCAAUAGCAGCAGCAGCAGCAGUAUCAAGGAUCGUGAAAACAAUAAAGGCAGCAGCAAAACUUAUACAAGUCGCCACAGUAAUGACUACAAGUCUAGCACCAGUUCCUCAUCCUCAUCUUCACGCAAUAAAGACAAGAAGUCAUACAGAAGCGAUCGCGAUAGAGAUCGAGAACGUGAACGUGAUAGAGAAAGAGAAAAGAUACCUUCGUCUUCGUCGAGUUGCUCAUCGCAUUCGGAUAGGCGCCGAAGCUCGGACAGCAGUCGGAGCAGCAGCAACAAUAGUUCCAGCAAGCCGCUGGCCAUUAAGGAGGAAAAGGAUAAGGACAAGGAGGUAAUAAAAGUUGAGCCGCAGUUACUUAUAAAUAGCAAGGAAAUCAAGACGGAAACAGAAAUCAAAAAAGAGGCAUUGGAACCAAAACCUUUGCUUAAUGGAGAUGCAUUGAAAGCUAUAAUGAAAUCACGCGACGAUGUCACGCGACAAUUGAGCUUUGACCCAACACUAGAUACAGUCAAGCUUAAGUGUGAAAAUAAUACAAGCAGCCUUUUAAUGCCCUCACCAGCACCGAAAACCUCAGCGACAACAAACAAUAUUAACAAUAUCAACAGCAACAGCAACAGCAGCAGCAGUAGCAGUGGCAGUAAAUCCUGUACAAAUCGCCACAGCAGCGAGUACAAGUCAAGUUCCAGUAGCAGUUCCUCCAGUGCAUCAUCACGCAAUAAAGAUAAAAAGUCACAUCGCAGUGACAGGGAUAAAGAUAGAGAGCGGGAAAAGACUUCAACAUUUUCAUCAUCAUCACGGGACUGUUCCAAGUGUUAUAAGCGUUCCAAAAUACGUCGCAGCAGCGUCGGCGUCCAAUGCCUCCAGCAUACUCCCGUUCCUGGCGCCUGGCAAACGACUGCGCAAAGUUCUACAAUGCCGGUGGAGAAUCGCAAAGUGGCCGCUGGGUUGGAGCAUCUCAAAUAUGGACGUUACUUUCAAGUGGAGCAGUAUCCAAAUGGCGGCGCUUCCAUAGUGCAUUUGUAUCAGCAUGAGAUCGAUGCACUGCCGCCAAAUGAAAUGGACGAGCUGGUGGAUGAAUUCUUUAGUGUUUGCUUUGCUGAAGAUGAGCAAGGAUUUGCGCAUCAUGUCAUGGGCAUAGUGCAUGAUUCGGCGCGCUAUAUACCCGAUCUCUUGGAGCAUAUGGCGGAGAACUAUUCCACGCUGACUGUCAAGGCAGGCGUGCUGGGACGCAAUUCGGAUAUAGAAACCUGCACUAUGGCGCAGUACAAUGAGCAGGUGGUGCGCAAUUAUUGCCAGGGCACCUUUCGCUACGGACCAUUGCACCAGAUUAGUUUGGUGGGCAAGGUGCAUGAAGAGGUGGGCGGCUACUUUCCGGACUUGCUAGGACGCAUUGAGCAGAAUCCGUUCUUGAGCAAGACCAUGCCUUGGGCCGUUAAUUCCAUUUUGCAAACGGAUCCACGUCAAUCGAAUGAUGGUCCUAUCCUCUGGAUACGUGCUGGUGAGCAAUUGGUGCCCACGGCGGAAUUGAAUAGCAAAACGCCACUCAAGCGACAGCGCACACGCAUCAAUGAGUUGCGUAAUUUGCAGUAUCUGCCACGCCUCUCGGAGGCGCGUGAAACAAUGAUUGAGGAUCGCACCAAGGCGCAUGCGGAUCAUGUGGGACAUGGACAUGAACGCAUUACAACUGCUGCAGUUGGCAUUCUCAAGGCUGUGCAUUGUGGACAAUCUUAUAAACAGAAUCGCAUCACCAAGGAUGUGGUUGCCUUUGCUGCUCAGGACUUUAAUACGCUGGUGGAGAUGCUGCAGUUGGAUCUGCACGAGCCACCCAUCUCACAAUGUGUGCAAUGGAUUGAGGAUGCCAAGCUGAAUCAGUUGAGACGCGAUGGCAUACGCUAUGCUCGCAUUCAGCUCUGUGACAAUGAUAUUUACUUUCUGCCACGCAAUAUAAUACAUCAAUUCCGUACGGUAACGGCUGUCACAAGUAUUGCUUGGCAUUUGCGUCUGCGUCAGUAUUAUCCCGGUACGGAGGUUAUCAACGAGAAGAACAAUCCCGUGUUGGCUGAGACGCCGCAUUAUAAGGAAAAGCAAACUAUUUUACCCAAUCCUAUUGGACACGAUGAUGCGGGCAAGAAAACGCCUUCGAAGCGUGCACACGAUGGCAAAGCCAAACGCAAGCUUAUCGACUUGGAUGGCAAAGAGCGUCGUUCCAGUGAGAGCAGUGUAGAUGACUGUGCAUCCGGUCAAGCCUCACCCAUAGUGCAGACCAAUAGCAACAGCACCAGCAGCAGCACGCCCAAGAAGAAACCCAGCAAGGAUGAGGCCAAAAUAGAUAUGCGUAAAAUGGUGCUGGAGCAUGAGCACAAGUACAACAAGUUAAAUAAGGCGACGGGAACAAAUGAUAGCAAGGAUAGCAAGGACAGGGAAAAAGGCAGUCGCGAUAAGCCUAAAGAGAAGGACAAGCAAAGCGAUAAGGAUAGGCAAAAGGAAAAAGAAAAGGAGAGGGAUAAGGAGAAGGAAAAGGAAAAAGAGCGCGAGCGCGAGCGUGAGCGUUGCAAAAAGGAAUUGCCAUCCGCUCCGGCUGCAAAAAUGCCGCGUUUGAUUGCUGAAGUUGUCACACCGCUGCCUAUUGUUGUGGCAGCGACGCUACCACCAUUACCUUUAGUGCCUCAGACACCCUUCAUGCAUCGCGAAGCCUAUGUUAAUAGCCUUAAUCAAAAGGAGCCCGAAAUCAAAAUUGAACUGCAACUGGCCUCCGAUGAGCCCACAAAUAAGGUUGCCCCAGUACAAGCGACCCUGCUAUCGUCGCCCAGUUCACCACCUGCACCAGAUCCAGUGCUGGAUGUGGCCAAUGAGUUAAUCGUCGAGAGCACGCCGCAACUGUUUGUCGACCAUGAGGAGGAAGUUAGCGAAGUCUGUGAGGAAGUGAUCAUACCAUUGGAGACAGUGCAGCUGCCAGCGGCUGCAAUGUUGCCACCACCACCCCUUCCACCCAUGCCCACAUUGCCACCACCACCGCCGCCGCCGCCACCCACAGCUGUCAAGAUUACCAGCAUCCAAAAGACCAAUGCCGGCAUUAAAACCUACAAGCUGAGCUUAGCCGGCAGUCGAGGUGUGGUCAAAGCCACGCCUGUCGAUCUGCUUGGCUCCAUUAUGGCCAGCAUGGACAACAAGCCCAGCAUUAGCAACAGCACCAGCAGCAGCUCCGCUCCCAGCGCCACUGAGGCAAGUACAAGCCAGAGCUACUGAGCGGCGGCUGCGCUCGCAGCAGCUUAGAGGCUUCUCUCAAAUAACAAAAACAAAACAUUUGUUGCAAAAUUGUUUCUAUAUUCAUACUGUAAAUUUAACUUUUGCGGCUAGCGCUCUCAGAGCCAAGGCAGAAUUUGUUUAUUGUAUAUAUAACUAGUAUAAGAGUUAAGCAUAUAAAAAAAAACAAACAAACACACACAAACACACACACCCACAGCACUGUCCACUCACAUAUUAUUCUAUUUAAUAAUUGUAGUUAAGCUCAAAAUGCUAAAAAAAACUAAAGCACCUUUUAGUUUUGUAGUUUUUUUGUUUUAUUUAUUUAACGACAGGCACUUUAGGCUAAACAUAUUAAGAUUAUUACUGAAACAGUUUACGAUUUACUUUGAGUUUUGAUAAAAAAUAUGUAAUAUUAUAUUAUAUGAUAUAUAGUUUCAAGCAUACCCAUAUCUUAAUUAUAAAUAUAAACACCAUUCUUAUAACAGGCCCAG